CCUCAACCCCCCUCGCCACCCUGCUCGUUGCAUAGUCUUCUCUAGUAAAAACCUGCGGGGCCCGGCGCCAAACCAACGCCCACCAGCCCGCAGCGCAGAGCAGAGCAGAGCGCCCGCUCUUCUAAUAUAAACGGCUUGACUUCUGUUCUAGCGGGGCCGUAGUUGCAUUGCAGUUGCAGGUUUGCAGCUAGCCAGAGUGAGUGAGUAGUGAGGCGAAAGGAAAUGGAGGCGGCGGGAGAGGGGAGGAAGCUCCAUCACCACGCGGGCGGCGGCAGGGCGCAGAUGGAGGCCAGCCCGGAGCGCGGCAGGCCUGCGUACGCGUCGGCGGUGACGGCGAGGUCGGCGCCGGCGAGGCCCAUGAGGCGGGUGCAGAUCAUCUACUACCUCUGCCGCAACGGCCAGCUCGAGCACCCGCACUUCAUGGAGCUCGCGCAGCAUCCCCACCAGCCGCUGCGCCUCAAAGAUGUGAUGGACAAGCUUACGCUGCUGAGGGGCAAAGGCAUGCCUGCUCUCUUCUCGUGGUCUUGCAAGAGGAACUACAAGAACGGCUACGUGUGGAACGACCUCUCGGAGAGCGACGUGAUAUACCCGUCCGACGGCGUGGAGUACGUCCUCAAGGGCUCCGAGAUCUUCCCCGGCUGUUCUUCCGCCGUUGCAGCGGAUCGGUUCCAGCACCUCCGGGUGACGGACAGGUCGCCAACCAAGCCGCCGCUGGCCCUCCCGCACAGCCACAAGCAGCACGUGGACGGCUACCGGGACGACGCCGGCGAGGACCCCGAGGACGACGAGCUUGGGUACCCGUACCACCGGCGUGCCGCGGCGGCUCGGCUGGGCGGGCCGAACAAGCCCGUCUCGGCCCGCACCAACCGUGGCCACCCCGUGGAGCUGCCCGUCGAGGAGACCUCGCCGCCGUCCUCGACGUCGUCCGACAAGCCGCCGCCGGCGCAGCAGGCGAGCCGCUGCGACGAGGCCGAGCCGAACAGGACCGGCUCGAUGCUCCUGCAGCUCAUCGCGUGCGGGGCGGUCACCGCCGGUCCGGCCAAGUGCGGCGGCCGGGCCGAGCCGAGGCGGAGCUGCGGCCUGGUGAGCCGGCUGUCGUCCCGCGCCGGCGCGGAGGAUGACGACGAGGAGGAGGAGGCUGGCGGCGAGCUGAGCCGGCGGUUCGGCCGCAUGAGGGCGGAGGAGAAGGAGUACUUCAGCGGCAGCAUCACCGUGGACAGCGGUGGCCGGGGCACCCCGCUGCCUGCUUCGUCGCUCAAGCGCUCCAACUCGUACACCGAGGAGAGGUCAAGAAACAACAAAAUCGAUCAGGGGAAUUAGAUGAUGCAACAUGCAUGGAGGUCUGUGCCCACCACCGGAUGGUGUACAACGAGAGUAAGACCCAUCAGGUGGUAUGCAGUAAACUUGUUUUGUUUAGCGUUGUAAAUUUGUGAACUAAAUGGUACUCUUGUAAAUAGAUAUAUUAUAUGGUCACCAUGUGGUACUCUUGUGAAUUUGUGAAGUACUAGAAGACAAAGAUGUCAGUAUGUGGUGCACUUUAUUUGUUCAAGUGAUUUUGUUUCCAGUGAUCUUUUGAUGCUAUGAAUGAAUUCUGUGAACUUGCCUCGUGAUCACAUAGUGCUCAUGACUAGUGUGUUACCAUUGCCUUGCUAUAGUCAUGCUUUCAGGAUUGUGAGUCAUGCAAACAAGUGGCAAUACAUUUUCUUCUACUUCUACUUAAUUAAUGAGCAACUCAUUCUGGAAAAGUAUUAGCAUAUCUGCACUCAUCUCUUUAUUGCAUUCGAGUGAAGAAAUCUGUUGCAGGCAACAAAUUAUGUAUGUGUACUUGCAAUGUAUUCCUAAUAAGUGUAAAUUUCCUUAAUCUGUCCCUUUUUAUUGACACUGGAUGUUGGUAGCAGCAACCGACCCACUAGGAAGCUCAGUUUAGUAGAAAAAAGGAGUGCUCAGUUCAGUAGAGAAUUUGUUGCUGAGGACAGAAUAUGCAGAUCUGUUAUGAUUUUGCAAGGCCUUUCAGGGGCAAGAUGCAAAUGUACCAAUGGGGCGUAUGUGAAAAGAUAAGUGAGUUGAUCCUAUCCCUUGCAUGCAGAUCCAACGCACCAUGGGGUCUUGGAGCAGCGUAUCAUGAGAUGGACCGUAGCACUAGAUAUUUUCCCUGCUGUUAGCCUAGCCUACUACAGUAGCUGUCAUCACUGUGCUCUAUUCACGUCCAACGCAUGCAUAUGAUCGCUGCUGAGAAUGGUUUUGUGUUUGAAUUCAGGGGCUCGAGGCUUGGCGUGGGGGCGAUCGGCGAGGAGACGGCGGAUGAGAGGAUCGGAGGGGAGGAGGGAAUGAUGAGGGGGAGGUGCAUCCCGGGCAGGAAGAGGCAGCCGCAGCAACAGAAAUAGGCGCACGCCUCGGCUUAGUUACCCAGAUUAAUCUGCUUGAGCCAGACCAUGUAGUAAUAGUUCUCGUAGCACGAGUGUUUAGCAUCUCUACUUGUGUGUUGUGGACCAUGGGUUAGCAUUGAGAGCUAGGCUUAGCAUCUAGGAAUAGUUCGAUGUUGGACAAGUCAGCACGCAUGGCACUUAAUUUUGGAUCCUAUGUCUAUGUGAACGGUGAGAGUGGGUAGUACUGUAUCGAUACGGACUCGUAGCAAGUAAUCGAUUGAUCA